AUGAAGGCUUAUCUGGUUCUUGGUAAAUCUCAUGUUUUGGGUAUAUCAAUAUCCGUUUAUGGACUGGGACUGAGAAAAACCAUAGUCCAAGUCCGGCAUCCCCACUUGUCCCCUUCCUACACCUGCAAUCUCCAAGCGGCAGUAGACGCCGCCUAUAACCGACCCUAUCUUAGCUCUCCGGAAUUCUUGCUAUGA